AUGUCGCAGACAACGACCCAAAAGAACCCAUCAUUUGUCCUCAGGCAGAAAGAUGAAGUUGUCUACGAAGACCGCCCGAUCCCCGAGCUCCCUUCACCGUACGAUGUUCUUGUGAAGCCCAAGUGGACAGGCAUCUGCGGAUCAGAUGUCCACUACUGGGUCGAAGGCCGUAUCGGGCACUUUGUUGUUGAGAAGCCCAUGGUCCUCGGCCACGAGUCCGCUGGUAUUGUUGAGAAGGUCGGAGACAAGGUCAAGACACUGAAGGUUGGCGACCGCGUCGCCAUGGAACCCGGUGUUCCCUGCCGUCGUUGCGUGCGCUGUAAGGAAGGCAAAUACAACCUCUGCCCUGACAUGGCUUUUGCCGCCACACCUCCAUACGACGGUACGCUGGCCAGGUACUACACCUUGCCCGAGGACUACUGCUACAAGCUCCCUGAGAACAUGAGCCUCGAGGAGGGUGCUCUUAUCGAACCCACAGCUGUUGCAGUCCACAUCACAAGACAAGCAUCCAUUAAGCCGGGUGAUUCUGUUGUUGUGUUUGGUGCUGGUCCGGUUGGGUUGUUGUGCUGUGCUGUUGCCAAAGCAUAUGGAGCGAAGAAGAUUGUCACAGUCGACAUCAACGACGAGAGGUUAACAUUCGCGCUCAAGUACGCUGCGAACGCAAGCUUCAAGAGCGCGAGGGUCAGUGCAGAGGAGAACGCGAAGAACUUGAUCAAGGAGUGCGAGCUGGGGCCUGGCGCGGACGUCAUCAUCGAUGCUUCGGGCGCGGAGCCUUGCAUCCAAACCGCCAUUCACGCUCUGCGCAUGGGCGGCACAUAUGUUCAGGGUGGCAUGGGUAAGGCCGACAUCAACUUCCCCAUCAUGGCCAUGUGCACCAAAGAGCUCAACGUCAAGGGCUCAUUCCGUUAUGGCCCCGGCGAUUACCAGACUGCGGUCGAUCUUGUGGCGAGCGAGCGCAUCAGUGUCAAGGAGCUCAUCACAGGGAAGGUCAGCUUUGACGAGGCGGAGAAGGCGUUUGCGGAUGUCAAGCAGGGCAAGGGAAUCAAGAUUCUCAUCGAGGGUCCGAGGGAGUAG